AAGAAAAAUUACAAAAAACAUGAACAAAUUCUUAAUAGUUUUUUGUUCUGCGACUUUGGUUGCCGCUGUGAUAGCAACGGAUUAUUGUAGCAAUAAAAUCUGUUAUAAUGAUGACAAACAUAUUGCCUGUGAUAAUGAUGGAAAAUUCUAUUCCACUUGUCCCAAAGAUGCUGCAAAGCGAGAAAUGACUGAAUCGCUGAAAAAGUUGAUAGUCAAGGCGCACAAUGAGAAACGUAACAUUGUUGCUGGUGGUGAUGUUAAACAUCUUAAGCCUGCCUGUCGUAUGGCCACCAUGGAAUGGGAUGAUGAAUUAGCUUCUUUGGCUGAACUUAAUGUUUUACAAUGUAAAAUGAAUCACGAUGAUUGUCACAAUACCGAUAAAUUCAAAUAUUCCGGACAAAAUCUUAACUCAUUGGGUUUCACUCAAAGCCCUAAUGAUACUGCUAUUAUUGAAAAAUCUAUUAGAUUAUGGUAUUGGGAGAAGAGCGAUGUCUCACAAGCUAUUAUUGAUAAAUUUCCUAAGGGCUAUAAGGGACCAAAUAUUGCUCAUUUCACUAUUAUGAUGGCAGAUCGUAAUACACGUGUAGGUUGUGCUGCUGCCACUUACACUGUUUCUGGCAAAAAUAAAGCUUAUUUAUUUGCUUGCAAUUAUGCCACCGUUAGUAUGGUUAAUUAUGCCAUCUAUAAAAGCUGUGAUAAGCCUGCUGUUAAGUGUCAGUCGGGCACUAAUCCAUCUUAUAAAAAUUUGUGUUCUACCUCGGAAUCAUAUAAGGUUAAUACAUUUCCUUAG